GUGACCUGAUUGUGUGCUGAGCCUAUCCUAUUCCUAACCAGGCCAGAGCUAGAUCUGUGCUGCAAAGACUGCAAAGACUUUCAAGUAUUUGCUGACACGUCGUAAAAUCUGUUCCGCUGGUAAAAGCUAAAAAAGGCUGAACUGCGAUAGGGUACAUGCGAGUUGUCGAGAAAACCAGAGUCCAGUUUGCCCCCACGAGGAAGACGGCCGAUCAUCUUCGAAUUUCAGACUUGUUGACUAGCGACACACGGACCAGAUCUCCUCUCGACCAUGAGCGAUCCGUACGUGGUGUCCCGUCCUCAGAAGAAGCGUCGUCGCGGUGCCGUCAAGAAGAAGCAGGUGCACGAUGUGAAAGGUCACCUGUUCCAGUCGCGAUUCUUCCGCACCCCGUCGCACUGCGCGCAGUGCAAGGAGACAAUCUGGGGCCUGAAGAAGAACUCGGGAUACCAGUGCACGAUCUGCUCGUUUGCCGUGCACGAGCGAUGCCACGAGGACGUGUCCUUCGCAUGUCCCGGCAGCCAUGCCGUGGACGAAAUACCGGACGAGGCCCAGAACCCUCACAAGUUCUCCAUCAAGACGUUCAGCACGCCGACGUACUGCGACCACUGCGGUGGCAUGGUGUACGGACUCUUCCAUCAGGGCAUGCAAUGCUCCGCUUGCGAGAUGAACGUGCACAAGGACUGCCAGGAUCGCGUCCCCCGGCUGUGCGGCAGGGAUCACAACGAGAAGCGGGGCCGCUUGCUGCUCAGCUUCCUGUACGAGGAUGGAAAGACGCCGUGCUCCGCCAGUAUUACACUCAUUGUCAAGGCAGCCAAGCACGUCCUAUCCAUGGAUCCUAACGGCAUGUCUGAUCCGUACGUGAAGAUGAAGCUGCGUCCCGACAGUCUGGGUACCGGGAAGAAGAAAACCGGCAUCUGCAAGAAGACGCUCAAUCCGGAGUGGAACGAGCUCUUCAAAUUUGAAAUCCGCGGAGAGGACUACCAUCACGGCUGUAUCAGCGUGGAAAUGUGGGACUGGGAUCGUGUGACUGCCAAUGAUUUCAUGGGUGCCAUGACAUUUCCAGUCAAGGAGCUGCGCGACCAGCAGGUCGAUCCGAAACCGCUAGAGCGCUGGUACAAGCUGCUGAACCAACGCGAGGGCGAAGUCUACAACGUGCCCAUCUACAACGAUGCAGAGCUGCUGGAGAAACGCUCACAGCGCUUGUCCAUUAGCUCCUCCAGUCAGGCGCCCAAGUCGCCACGCUUGUCGCGGUCAUCCAUCGCACAGGGAAUGAAGCCGGCUCUCGACGACUUCAAGAUCGUUCAGGUGCUUGGCAAGGGAAGCUUCGGAAAGGUUGUCCUUGCUGAGUUCAAGCACACUGAUGAGGUGUAUGCCAUAAAGAUUCUCAAGAAGGACGUGAUCGUUGUCGAAGAUGACGUUGACUGCACAAUGACUGAAAGGAAUGUCUUGGCGCUGAAGGCCAAACCACCGUUCCUGACAGCAAUGCAUUCAUCCUUUCAGACCAAGGAGCGUCUCUAUCUGGUCAUGGAGUUUGUCAACGGCGGCGAUCUGAUGUUCCACAUCCAGCAGCGCGGUCGCUUCAAGGAAGCUGCAGUGGUGUUUUAUUCAGCAGAGAUCUGUAUUGGUCUUUGGUAUCUACACAAACACGGAAUCUUCUAUCGGGAUCUGAAGCUGGAUAACAUCAUGCUGGACCAGGACGGGCACGUGAAGAUUACUGACUUUGGCAUGUGCAAGGAGGGAAUGAAGCUGGGACAGAUGACCAACACAUUCUGCGGUACACCCGAGUACAUGGCACCAGAGAUUGUGCAGUACGAGAGGUACGAUAGUAGUGUGGACUGGUGGGCACUGGGGGCCGUCAUCUACGAGUUACUCUGCGGACAGCCGCCGUUCGAAGGUGACGAUGAGGAUGAGGUUGUGGGUAAGAUCAUCGAAGGCAACAUCAUCUUCCCGCGUCACAUCUCCGAGGAGGCCAAGUCCAUCUGUGAGCAGUUCAUGAAGAAGAACCCAAAGGCUCGCCUGGGUGCGGGCAUGAAUGGUCAGGACGACAUCAAGAGCCACCCGUUCUACCACACGAUGGACUGGACUAAGCUGAUGAGCAGAGAGAUGCCGCCGCCGUUCAAGCCUGUCACGAAAAGCCCAAAGGGCGUGGACAACUUUGACAAGGAGUUCAUCUCGACGCUGACGACGAAGAACACACCAUGCGACACGACCGUCAUCAAUCAGCUCAAGCAGACGGAGUUCUUCGGCUUCACGUACGUCAACCUGGACUUCUUCGACGAGGAGCAGGAGCAGGAGGCGCACGGCCGCAGUGGCGACACCAUCGUUGCAGCGAUCACCCGCCGCAUUUCCGGCAGCGACUCGGACCAGGCGUUCUCGCCCACCAGCCCCCUGGAGCCGCUCAGGGAGGAGAGUGGCGCCGCCGCCUCCAACACCACUAACGCCACUGCUGCCAACGCCACUGCUGCUGCUGCUGCUACCUAGCGUGUUGGCCUGGCGUGCUGCUGUUUCACGGCCGUGUAUAUCAUACAAUGCCUGCCAUGUUCUGUGACUCUGUGCUGGCGUGCUGCUGUUUCACGGCCGUGUAUAUCAUACAAUGCCUGCCAUGUUCGUGUGACUCUGUGCUGGCGUGUGGGGUACAUUCCUCCGCGCGCGCAUCGCUUCAAGAACCAUUUCCUGGGACAUCAUGCAUUUGCAGUCGGUUCCGACUAGCCGCUCCACUCCUAUUAUUAUAUUGCUCAAUUUCCCACUGGUGUGCCUACUGCCAGUAGUUGUAGUAACUUAUCAUUAGAUUAGUACUAGCUGUUGUCAUUGUAAUAUUUGUACUAGCUGCUGGUAUCCAUUGUACUGCCUGUUGGCAUGGUAUUAUGUGUACUGGCUGUUGUCAUGGUAGCAUUUGAAGUGCUCCGGUUAAUGUUUUUGCUCGGCAUGUCGCUGCUUCGGCUGCACCUACUAUUGCCGCCACACGCCCUUUCCUGAAGUUGCCGAGAGCCCUGCAUCGGAAUUCCUAGUGCCGAUUUUUAUUUGGAACACACUGCUAGCACUGCGUCUUUCGUUUUGUUUUUGUUUUCAUGACGUCGGCGUGUCCUACAAGGAAUUUCUGACGCCUUGCAUGCCGUGGUACACCGGUGAUGGAUUGCCGUUAGCUGUCAACUUGAGAUCUCCUCAUAAACGAUUUUGCAGGUCAAAUGAAUUG